UAAAAAUGUUAGUUGAUUUUCCUCCUCCAAAUAAUUUAAACACCAAAAAUGGAGAUAAUAGAAUAUACGAAACUGAUGGGCAUUUAAAUUUAUUAAAUAAAAAUCAACAAAAUUUGGUGGUGUUUAAUAAUACUAAACAACAACAAGUAUCAAAACAGUCGAGACAAAAUUUUAUUUUUUGUUUUUGUAAAAUUUGUGGAUAUAGAUAUAUUAUUUUAUUGCUCACGGCCCUCUGCCUUACUUCAAUCUGUUCAAAUAUGAUAGUCUUUAAUUUUACUUUAAUAUUAAUGAAAAGACCAAAUUGGGAAAACACAACACUGUUAUCUAUUAACUCGUCAACUAAAAUUAAAGAAGAAGGCCCUUUUGUUGUUUUUAAUGAAACGCAUAUUAUGCCUAAAAAUGUGCCCUAUACUCAAUCAGAAAAAGCUCAAUUACAAUAUGCUGUUGGAAUAGCCAGUAUAAUUUCAACAUUCCCCUUUUCAAUGUUAUAUACAAAAUUCGGUGCCCGUUUUGUAUUUUUAUCAGCUGGGAUACUUUCAACAAUAUCUACAGCAUUAUUACCCUUUGCUGCAUCUAAAGGGAUGAUUGCAUUUACAUUUAUUAGAUUACUUCAAGGUUUUGCUUAUGGGGCCAAUUUUGCAGCCAUUGGUUUUGUCUGUCAUCGGUGGGCUACUUUGCAGCAACAUGGAUUCUUUUUAGCCUGUAUGACUACAUUUACCUCUCUUUCUGUUACUUUGACUAACCCUGUUGCUGCAUUUAUAAGUUCUGUGCCUUCUUUGGGUUGGCCAUGGGUCUAUUAUGUCCAUGCAUUAGUCUCUCCAAUACUUUUUGGAUUUUGGUUGUUUCUUUAUACUGACCAUCCUGACACCCAUCCUUGUGUCAGUCAACGGGAGAAAGAUCAAAUUCUGUCGGGCAAAACUGAGGCAGAAAUUGGGAUUAGUGGAUUUAUGCCUUAUCGAGCAAUUCUUUCAAAUAAAACUGUGUUGAUUGUUUGGCUUAACUCAUUUGCGGAUAUCGUCACGGCCGUAUUUUUAAUUACUUAUUUGCCUACUUAUGUUUCCAAAGUUCUUCGUUAUGGUGUUAGGGAAACUGGCAUUUGGUCUGCUGUACCUGCCCUUUUACAUAUUCCGGUUAAAGUUGGUUCUGGGUGGUUAGCUGAUAAUAUGAGAUGUAUGAGCGAAAUUGGUCGAAUGCGCCUUUUCAAUUCAAUAGCUUUAGUAGGCUCAGGCAUUGCUUUUGCAUUAGUCGGUUUUGUACCAGAUGACAAACGUUUUCUAGCAGUUAUUUUAAUGACUUUAAAUUUUGCUUUGGUCUCUACGAAUUGUGGGGGAUUUUAUAAAUGUGCUACUUUGAUCAGCAGACAAUAUGCUCAUUUCGUUGUUGCUGGUAUACAAUUCGAAAAAUCCAUCACCCUUUUUGUCUCCCCAUUAAUAUUUCUUUUGUUUAUUCGGGAUGAAAGUAGUCGAGAACAAUGGAGGAAUGUUUUUAUUGGAAUGGCUAUAAUACUUUUUGUGGCGAAUACUUUCUUUUGGUUCUUUGUAACUGACCAACCAGCAGAAUUCACCAAAAUUGUAUCUAAACAAAAAUCAGAAAAACAACAACAAAAACAAAACAAUUUAUUUAAUAUAAGUAAAACAGAUAUUUAA